CCGGCAUCGCACGAGCCAGCCUCCCGGGGUCUUUCAGGCCUUCGGCCGGGCAGCCCUCCUGCAGUCCUGGAGCGGUUGCGUAGCAGCUGCCGGGACGCGGGCAGAGCUGGACGCCGAUGACAAGAUCCCCCUCCCCUGAGCUGAUGCCCUUUCUACAGCCAGGAGCCGAUGGCUAGGGACAAAGCCAAACCCUGUGAGCUGGACCAGGAGAAAUAUGAUGCUGAUGACAAUGUGAAAAUCAUCUGCCUGGGAGACAGCGCUGUGGGCAAGUCCAAACUCAUGGAGAGGUUCCUCAUGGAUGGAUUUCAGCCCCAGCAGCUGUCCACAUACGCCCUGACCCUGUACAAGCACACGGCCACGGUGGACGGCAAGACCGUCCUUGUGGACUUCUGGGACACGGCAGGCCAGGAGCGGUUCCAGAGCAUGCACGCCUCCUACUACCACAAGGCCCACGCCUGCAUCCUGGUGUUUGAUGUGCAGAGGAAAAUCACGUACAGGAAUCUCAGCACCUGGUAUACAGAGCUGCGGGAGUUCAGGCCGGAGAUCCCAUGCAUUGUGGUGGCCAAUAAAAUCGAUGCAGACAGGAAGGUGACCCAAAAAAGUUUCAGUUUUGCCAAGAAGUUCUCCUUGCCCCUGUACUUCGUCUCGGCUGCUGACGGCACCAACGUUGUGAAGCUCUUCAGUGAUGCAAUUCGACUAGCCGUGUCUUACAAACAGAACUCCCGGGACUUCAUGGACGAGGUUUUGCAGGAGCUGGAGAACAUCGACUUGAAGCGGGAGGAGGAGGAGGAGAUGCCGGACAAAGAGCAGCCGGGCCGCCACCAGAGCCCGACUCCCUCGUGACCACAGGGGCCUUCUCCACGGCCCACCUCCCCUGGCAGUGCUUCAGCUCUCCGGGGAGGCACUCUCCCAGGCCUUCCCUGCUGCACCACCUACAAACCCAGCUGUCCCAUUUGCAGCCCCAACCCUGACUUCCGUGGCCCGGGAAAGCUGACCCUUCAGUACUUGCCACUAACAGGCGUAAGGCCCAUAGCAGACCCUGAAGCCCAAGGAGGGACGGACCCUCCAGGGCAUGGGACAGUAAAGAGAAUCGGAAUAUUCUCUGUGUGUCUCAUCAAGGAUAUUUAGGGGUCUUCCCCCGCCCGCUGCCCAAGAGCUGAUGUCAGGGCCUCUUCAUUGCAUUUCCACCAAGAGGAGGAUUUCUAAUUCCUGACUUUUCUCCUCUUUAGGCUCCCAACUAAGCCGGUCAUCUUAAGAAUGAUUUUGAGCAGAGAGCUGUUCUGUAAGUUUUUCUAGAGCUCUCCUGGGUGCGGCCAGCACUGUGAUGAACAGCGAGGCCGAGGUCACAGGCCCAGGUUUGCUGUUAGCAUCAAGUGACAGCAGGUGGCUGGCUUGGCCGCAGACUGGCCCGCAGGCAUCGCUGCUGUGAGCACCAGGGGCCAAUGCAGCCACACGCAGGGCGUGCGGGGCAGGCGAGGGGCUUUAGGGAGCUUCUUUUAAACCCAUGUUUCAACAUAGGCUUGUCGCCAUUUUUCUGAGGACUGAUGUGGAGCCUCCUUGGGUGGCGAGGGCUGCUGAGAGCCGUCCUGCCGCCUUUUCCAUUUAUCUCCAGGACUUGUCGCUCACUAGAAUGCUUUUAUGAUCAUCUUGUA